AUGCCGCAUAGUCAAGACAUCCAUGAUGAAGUGAGCAGUGAUACCUCGAACGAAACAGCCCUGUUAGCCGCUCAACCAGAGGACGAGACUGCCUUCCAUGGAUUCCAAGACCCUCAUCGCCGUUUUGGUCUUCUCUCCACAACAUUUUUGAUCACGAAUCGGAUGAUUGGCACUGCCAUAUUCUCCGUGCCAUCGUCUAUUGCGCAAUCCACAGGAAGCGCGGGCGCCGCCCUUGUCCUGUGGCUGUUUGGAUUUCUACUUUCCUUAUGUGGAUUUCUCAUUUAUCUGGAGCUGGGAAGCCUGAUGCCGCGUAACGGUGGAGAACGAGUCUACCUUCAAGCAGCAUAUCCCCGACCACCCUUAUUCAUGAGCACAGUUUUCGCCACCCAUAUUAUCUUUCUCGGCUUCACUGGUACCAAAUCCCGCAUUGGGACGGUAGUCAUCGCAGAAAACGUGCUCUUGGCAAUCGGGGUCACGGCCAAAGAAUGGGUCAAGCGCAGUAUAGCCGUUAGCAUCAUGGCAUGCAUCGCAGCGAUGCAUAUUGGGACGAAGAACUGGGGUAUUAGACUGAUGGUAAGUGGCGCAGCGUACUACUAUAGUGAUAUCAAUGAUAACCCCAACCCUCAGAAUAUCCUAGCUUCGGUCAAGCUACUGGUCCUGGUUCUUAUCAUCCUUGCUGGCCUUGUGGCCCUCCACGGCGAUUUGCCAAAUGUACCGCAUCCCGGUGCCAGCUUUCGGCACCCAUUCAUGGGAGCCUCUUCCAGUAUUUUGGAUUAUACAUUUUCCUAUUUCAAAGUCCUUGCCAGCUAUCAGGGCUGGUCGAACGCUGGCUAUGUGUUGGAUGAGGUUAAAAAUCCUCGCCGGACCCUCAAGGUGGCUGGCAUUCUGGGACUGAGCUCCGUAGGGGUUCUCUACUUCAUGGUAAAUGUAGCCUAUUUUGCUGCUGCAACUCCCGAAGAACUCAGCCAAACCGGGGUCACCGUCGCUGCAUUGUUUAUUGGUCGGGUUUUCGGGGAGAAAAUGCAAUGCCUGAGUGCGGUGCUUGCAGCCUUGUCCUCUUUGGGCAACAUCAUGACGGCAUCGUUCUCGAUGUCGCGGGUAGUCCAGGGAUUUGCAGAGGAAGAAAUUCUGCCCUUUUCCGCGUUUUUUGCCCGCAGGACGCAUUUUGGGACUCCUGCCGGGGCAUUCGGCUUAGUCUUUUUGUCCUCUUUUCUCAUGGUCCUUUGCAUUCCAUUUGGUAAGCGCGUGCCAUAG